AUUAAUAUAGAAACACAUAUUAUACCUAUAACCCUUUCUUUUUUCGAGUUCAAUAAUCCAAAUAAAGGUGGAAAUUUGGUUAGGUUCCAAGCUGUACCUACAUAUGGCUAAAUAGUAAAUUCUAAAUACCCGAUCUUUUGUCUCUGUCUUCCUCUUAUGCACAACACACGUUCACGACCUAGCUAGAACAAAACUUCCCAAUUUAGAGUUGCUCUUCGUCCGACUCGCAGUUUCUCAGCUUCGCAUACAUCGUCCGUGCUUUCUCCUUGUUGCAGAAUAAACUGCGGGUCAAAGAACCUGCCUGGGGUUUGAUUGAUUUAAGCAUUGAAGCUCGAAGAAAGCAUCUCCGAAGUAUGAGCGACUACGGCAGCGGAGGCAGGCUCGAACGUAACGGUGCGGAUCAUGAAAAGGACGACGAAUUCAGUGGCGGUGGUGACCCUGAGAAUCAUAGCGAUUCCAAAUCCCAGCGUGACCAUGAGAGAGAUUCUGUGAGAAGUAGGGAUAGAGAUAGAGAAAGGGUGCGUGACAAAGGGAGGGAUAGGGACAGGGACAGAGAUCGUGGCAGGGACAGGGAGAGGGAUAAGGAUAAGGAAAGGGAGAAGGAGAGAGAUAUUGAUCGACACCAUAGAGGAGGAGGGCGUGACAGGAAUCGUCAUAGAGAUGGCAAUGACAGGAGAGAAAGAGGCAGAGAUAGAGACGAGGAUGAUAAUCACCGAAGCAGAGACUAUGAUCGGCGAAGAGAAAAUGAUAGAGAGCGUGAAGAUAGGCCCAGGCUUCGUUCGAAGUCUCCUUCAAGGGGUAGAUCAAGACACAGAUCAAAAUCUCGUUCUCGGUCUCGCUCCAGUUCAGGAUCACGCUCUAAGAGCAAAAGGGUGAGCGGCUUUGAUAUGGCUCCUCCUACAUCUGCGAUGGCUGCUGCUGUUGCUGCUGUCAACGCUGCUACUACAGGCCAAAUUCCUGGGUCCGCUCCUUCCAUCCCAGGAAUGUUUCCAAACUUGUUUCCGACACCCAAUGGACAGUUUGGUUCUCUCCCAGUAAUGCCGAUUCAAGCAAUGACUCAGCAGGCUACUAGGCAUGCUCGACGGGUCUAUGUUGGAGGGCUUCCACCAUCGGCUAAUGAACAGACUGUAGCUACCUAUUUCAGUCAGGUCAUGGCGGCCAUUGGAGGAAAUACUGCUGGCCCUGGGGAUGCUGUUGUAAAUGUAUAUAUAAACCACGAAAAGAAGUUUGCAUUCGUGGAGAUGAGAUCUGUUGAGGAGGCCAGUAAUGCCAUGGCUCUAGAUGGAAUUAUAUUUGAGGGUGCACCUGUCAAGGUACGUCGGCCUAGUGAUUAUAACCCAUCCCUGGCUGCAGCUCUUGGUCCUAGCCAACCCAGCGCUAACCUUAACCUUGCUGCGGUGGGAUUAAAUCCCGGCUCUUCAGGUGGGCUUGAAGGUCCAGAUCGCGUAUUUGUGGGUGGGCUUCCCUAUUACUUCACAGAACCACAAAUCAGGGAAUUGUUGGAGUCUUUUGGGGCUCUUAGAGGUUUUGAUCUAGUGAGAGACAGAGAAACAGGAAACUCAAAAGGCUAUGCUUUUUGUGUGUAUCAAGAUGUUGCUGUUACUGAUGUAGCCUGUGCUGCUUUGAAUGGAAUUAAAAUGGGUGAUAAGACUCUCACCGUUAGGCGUGCCAACCAAGGCAGUUCCCAACCUAGACCCGAACAAGAAAGUGUACUGCUACAUGCCCAGCAGCAGAUUGCUAUACAGAGGCUUAUGUUACAACCUCCAGCGACUAAAGUUGUAUGCCUAACUCAAGUAGUUACUGUGGAUGAGCUCAGAGAUGAUGAUGAGUAUGAAGAGAUAAUGGAGGACAUGAGAACAGAAUCCAGUAAAUUUGGUACAUUGGUGAAUGUCGUCAUCCCCCGCCCACAACUGGAUGGUAGUGCUUCCCCUGGUGUUGGAAAGGUGUUCUUGGAGUAUGCAGGUGUUGAUGGUGCAACAAACGCCCGAGCAGGAAUGAACGGGAGGAAAUUCGGCGGCAAUGAGGUGGUGGCUGUGUUUUAUCCAGAGAACAAGUACUACGCAGGAGAGUAUGACGGGUAAUGUCGUGGGAAUAGGAAAGUGCAAGUCUAAUGAAGGUUUUCUGGAUUGUGUAUUUUGGUUAUAGUUUCUUUGUUAGUAGUGCCUCAAGGAGGAUGGUGAUGUGAUCCUUUUAGCUUCUGAAUGAUACUGUUAUUAUAUGUAACUCGAGGAUUACUGAUACGCUCUGCCUAGGCUCUCCCAUCAAACUCCCAACAUUGUAAUGUUUACUUUCGCCCCCUAGAAUGAAUGUCAAAACCCUGUAACUGCAGCAAUGAAGUUGCAAGUCUGCUGCAGAUGUUUGUUUCUCGUCUUUUCCCACACUUGCAACAUUUGCGAUUUGCGCUGUACCAUUCGAUCACCUCUUCCACAAAUUAGGAGUAGGUCAGGGCCCGUUAAGGAUACUGUUAGAAGGAUGUUAUACCGAAGGUCAUCCAACGGUUGAGAUGAAAGGUACACUUCAUUAAUGGUCUACAUCCCUUUAAAGUAUAAAUUAGUGGAAUGAGGGGCCUUGCUGGGGCUUGAGUUCAAGUCCUUAAAUCCCAUUCUUUAAGAAGGAUCUUAAAGUGUUUCUAUUGGCUGGAUGAGUGUUAGGUAGUUAAUAAGGAGUUAUAUGUUAAUAAGGGAGUUUUAGGAAACUCUAAAUAAUUUAAACUUAAUAAUAAUCUAAUUAAAACCAUUAACAUAAUUAAUCAUGUCACCUCCUCAUUUAACCUAAUUCAAUCAAGCCUUCUCUCUCUUCAACCAUUCGACGCCUCAACUUCCCCCGCUGCAGGUCGUCGUUCCAGUCGCCAACUCAUUCGUUGCGGGUUGUUGAUCCGGUCUCCGUCAUGCUGCAGUUCGUCAGUUGGUAGUCCCCCGCGUCGGGUCGUCGGUACGGUCUCUGUCCCGCUACGGGUUGUCGGUUGGUCGUCCAUUCACAUUGGGUCAUCGGUCAGGUCUCAGUCCCUUCUACUGGUUGGAGUUCUUCGCCGAUCGGUGUUUCACCAAUCUCCACCUCCUUACGGCUACUCGUUGCUUUGUUGGACAAGGUAAGUUUAUAACCCUGUUUUGUGUUUGUAAUUAUUAACUAUAAAGUCUUUAUUUUUAAUUUUAUUGGUGAUACUAGUAACCUUGCAAAAUGUCAUUAUGUAUUUGUUUAUUCCGUUGUCAAAUUUUUUAUUGCAUUAUUAUUUUUACUUGUGUAACGUUAUUUGUAAAUUUUUUUGCUUACAUUUGUAAUUUUUUCAAAUACCAUUAUCAAUUUUUUGUCUCGUGUUUUUAAGGUUUUUGUUUGUAACAUUAGCAGUCUUUACUUUUAAUUUAAUUGGUGAUGUACAUAACAUUUCCAAAUGCCAUUAUCAAAAUUUGUUACGUCGUUAUCAAUUUUUUUUAUCGCGCUAUUAAUUUUUACUUGUGUAAGGUUAUUUGUAAUUUUUUUUGCAAACGUUAGUAACUUUGUCGAAUCAUUAUCAAUUUUUGUCAUAUGCUUCUUAGGUAUUAAUUUGUAAUUUUUGGUGAAGUUAGUAACAUUACCAAAUGUCUUUAUUAAAAUUUGUUUAUGUCAUUAUCAAUAUUUUUUUUUACCAAUGCUCAAUGAAUAACGUUUUAUUAUGGGUUAUUAUAGAUCAUUAUCAACGGCUCAGCUCGACGACCACUUGCGACGAUGGCUUUGUGUGACGACGGCUUGAUAGGGUGGGGCUGGUGGAAGGGAGCGGAGGUGAAAGACCGGCGAAGAUGACGAUAGAAAGAGAGGGGUGUAGCGGUUUUGAGGAAAUGGGUUAGGGUUUUAAUUUCCAUUUUCCAUAGGAAAUAGGUUGUGUUUUAUGAUCACUUAGAACGAUAAUGUAAAACGAUAUCAAUCAAUCGUAAAAUUAAUAAUGUCAUUAGAAGUCAUUGUAAGAGAUCGUGAUUUGCUAGUUAUGAGCAUGACGUGGAAAUUUGAAUUGUUAACAAAUAUGUUGAAAAUCAAUGAUAAUAAUUUUUUAAUCAUUAAUAAUGAUGUGGUACAAUGUUAAUAAUUUCAUCAUACACAUUGGCGACGAAAAUGUAAAUAAGUCACAAUUUAUCCAAAUUGUCAACAAUGUAAUUAUAAGCUUAUUGAAAUUGUUAAUAAUAAUAGUUAUAUUAUUAAUUAUAUAUUUCAUAAACAUUAAUAAUACCAGUAAAAAUAUUAAUAAUGCUAUUGCAAGUCGCUAUAGAGAGGGAGAGUAGAUAUUUUUAUUUUAAAAUUUCAUUUUAAAAUAUUAAAUAUUAAUUUCGGAUUUUUAUUAUUUUAUUUUAAUUUGUGUAUUAAUUAGGUACAGAAUUUAAGAGGGGAAGCUGGUUUUCCUUUUUUAAGUAUUGAAUUUAAUGUCAAUGUUUUUUUAUUCUUUUCGUGCCCUUUUGGGUAGUUAAUCAAUCAUUGAUAUUGCUUACCUCUCUCCUUCUCCUAUUGGUUAGAAUAUAUUUAAGAUCCUCCUUAAGAAAUGGGGCUUAAGGACUGGAUCUAACCCGGGCCUGGAUAUCUGAAGACUAGAGGGGUCCGGAUAUUUGACAAGUUUUUAAAAUUAACUACCAUUUCAAGAGAGUGUUGACUUAACCAUUUAAGACUUGAGUUCGGGAAAUACCGUCGCCGCCUUUUCUGUAUUUGCAUUUAACUUUUUUUUAUUAAUAACUCAGUAGCAUCCCCACGCACACACCACAGCGGGCCUCGGUAGGGGGUUAAAUACAAGAUCUGUCAUUUUUCGAAAUGAGCGCUCACUAAAAGUUUCACCACUUGACUAUGUGACCUUUGGUCUUUUCAUCCUACUAUUAAGGUUGGAGGAAGUGUGUUCCAUUUAGGGCUGGAAGUUUGGUACCGGUAUUUUGGAUAUACCAAAUAUCCUACCGAAUUUGUCUAUAUUUUGUAUUACCGAAUACAAGUAUUAUUUUGUGGGAUUGGGAUUGAAUUUCAAUUGUUAUUCGGUAUUAGGGAUUACAUGAUUGGGAUCAGGAUAUACCGAAAUUUAAGCUAGUGCGUAAUUUAUCCUUUGAACUAGACUCUCACAUUCACUACUAGGCGACCCUCAACUACCAAGAGUGUCAUUUAAUUAUACAUAGAUCAUUCCAUCACUAUUUCACACUAGUAUUAGUCGUCUGUCAACCUCAAAUUCGUCAAAUUAAAGAUUACCAAUUACAAGAACUUGAGAUAUUAGCUCUAGGCAACUCAAGACUCUUUGCUUAGUCUUUUUGCCCUAAAUUAAACAAUAAAAUCUAAUUUAUAUAUUUAAUUAUUAAUUACAAAGGUAAUUAAUUUUGUAUUUGAUAAUACCGAUUGGGAUACCAAAAUAUUUAGGGAUUGAGAUCGGGAUUGAUUUUAGCGUGUAAUUCGGUAUUCGGGAUUUCGGUAUUUGGUAUUGGGAUACCGUACCGUAUCGAUUUCCACCGCUAGUUCCAUUGCAAUCAAGUAGGGGUGUGCAACGGUUCGAUCCGGUCCGGACCGGAUCAAACUCAUGAGUCAUGAGAAUCGCAAUUUAUUAGUGAAAGACAUCUUAGGACAAAGGACCGAACCAUCAUUGCAUUCGGUCCAUUUGGUCCGAUCCUGUACGUUCCAAAUAUAAGCUCGGUCCAUCAUUUAUUCAAUAAUUGUCAAAUUCAUUUGGACCAAGCACCAAUCCGAUAUAGUUCGAUCCAAACUUCGAUUUGAUCCGGUCCUAGACCGGACCAUUGCAACCCCUACUAGCAAGUGAUGCCAUUGAGAAAAAUGCACAGCGAAAGGGCAAAUUCUGUUAAGUAAAAAUGGAACGAGCGAAGAGUCGAUCUAAAACCCUAGGAAAAACCCAGCUGCCUUGCCCAAGUUAAAAGUUAAAACACACUUCCACUGACGCCCUCUCCAACCACGGAACACCGAAGAAACCAUGGCCGCCUCUUCCCUCCCCCUCCGCCACCUCCGUCACCUCUCCACCACCGCCGCUGCUGCUGCUGACGCCGCCACAACAGCUGCUGCUGCGGCCGCUGAUUCCUCAAUCUCCAUCUCCAAGGCGAAAUCCAAGCUCCGAUACGAACACGACCCGGACAAAGCCCUGGAAAUCUACUCCUCCGUCUCCGAUCGCUACUCCUCC